UACAGGCAGUAUAGGAUAAAAAGCAGUCUGAAUUGUAAAACAGAGUGGAAGUGUAGUGAGGGUACAGCAGUGAAGGCGUAAAGAGCACGCGGAGCAAUUUCAAAAAGUGACGCUAAUCCGCACACUGGACUCUUCACCGCUCCUCCCAACUAGGAACACAAAACUUUCCUAUCACCAGUAGCGGUUUGUCAUUACCGUUGCUGUUGUUGCGAGUUUAAAUCCAUUGUAGCCUACGUCUUAUUUUUUACUGCAUUCUCAUUCGAGUGAAUCGGGAAAUGUAAAAGGCAGUUGCUUUGUAGCGCAUGUUAAUUUCAGUCAUCUAUCCAGCAUGAUUUUACGGCAGUUCUUCACGCGCACCGUACAGUGGACGCUGAUAUUCACCUGCAUCCUCCUCAAGAUCUCAGAGGCCCAAAGCAAUGGGCCAGAGACUGUGCAGCAGCUGUCUAUCACAGAACAGUCCAAUAACUCCAUCACAGUGUCAUGGGAUGCUCCUAAUGGACCUGUGGAGUUCUAUGAGGUUCUCCUGAACAGCAGCAGCAGCAGACGUAGUGGUCUACUGAACAAAAGUAUCAACUCCCAUGAGUUUUGGAACCUGACAGCUGGAAAGAUAUACACAGCCACAGUCAUAACAAAGAGUGGGAACUUUAGUCAAGAGUCUGAGCCAGUGACCAAUGCAACGUAUCCCAAUCCUCCAGGAAGUAUCAGCAUAGACCAUACAACUACACACUCCAUUUCUAUUUCGUGGGCUCCAGCCCUCUGGAUGGAGAACUCAGACAGUUUUAACUACACUGUCACCAUCAGUAAUUCUUCUUGGUCCAGAGAGUAUAAUACCAUCACCACAUCCCAGAACCUGACAGAGCUCACACCAGGAACAUCUCACGACAUCUCUGUGAGAACAACUGGACCAUUUGGCCUCCAGAGCCAACGUGUUGAAGUGAAAACUGUAACAAGGCCAGAGACUGUGCAGCAGCUGUCUAUCACAGAACAGUCCAAUAACUCCAUCACAGUGUCAUGGGAUGCUCCUAAUGGAAAUGUGCAGUUCUAUGAGGUUCUCCUGAACAGCAGCAGCAGCAGACGUAGUGGUCUACUGAACAAAAGUAUCAACUCCCAUGAGUUUUGGAACCUGACAGCUGGAAAGAUAUACACAGCCACAGUCAUAACAAAGAGUGGGAACUUUAGUCAAGAGUCUGAGCCAGUGACCAAUGCAACAUAUCCCAAUCCUCCAGGAAGUAUCAGCAUAGACCAUACAACUACAAACUCCAUUUCUAUUUCGUGGGCUCCAGCCCUCUUGAUGGAGAACUCAGACAGUUUUAACUACACUGUCACCAUCAGUAAUUCUUCUUGGUCCAGAGAGUAUAAUACCAUCACCACAUCCCAGAACCUGACAGAGCUCACACCAGGAACAUCUCACGACAUCUCUGUGAGAACAACUGGACCAUUUGGCCUCCAGAGUCAACGUGUUGAAGUGAAAACUGUAACAAGGCCAGAGACUGUGCAACAGCUGUCUAUCACAGAACAGUCCAAUAACUCCAUCACAGUGUCAUGGGAUGCUCCUAAUGGAAAUGUGCAGUUCUAUGAGGUUCUCCUGAACAGCAGCAGCAGCAGACGUAGUGGUCUACUGAACAAAAGUAUCAACUCCCAUGAGUUUUGGAACCUGACAGCUGGAAAGAUAUACACAGCCACAGUCAUAACAAAGAGUGGGAACUUUAGUCAAGAGUCUGAGCCAGUGACCAAUGCAACGUAUCCCAAUCCUCCAGGAAGUAUCAGCAUAGACCAUACAACUACAAACUCCAUUUCUAUUUCGUGGGCUCCAGCCCUCUGGAUGGAGAACUCAGACAGUUUUAACUACACUGUCACCAUCAGUAAUUCUUCUUGGUCCAGAGAGUAUAAUACCAUCACCACAUCCCAGAACCUGACAGAGCUCACACCAGGAACAUCUCACAACAUCACUGUGAGAACAACUGGACCAUUUGGCCUCCAGAGCCAACGUGUUGAAGUGAAAACUGUAACAAGGCCAGAGACUGUGCAACAGCUGUCUAUCACAGAACAGUCCAAUAACUCCAUCACAGUGUCAUGGGAUGCUCCUAAUGGAAAUGUGCAGUUCUAUGAGGUUCUCCUGAACAGCAGCAGCAGCAGACGUAGUGGUCUACUGAACAAAAGUAUCAACUCCCAUGAGUUUUGGAACCUGACAGCUGGAAAGAUAUACACAGCCACAGUCAUAACAAAGAGUGGGAACUUUAGUCAAGAGUCUGAGCCAGUGACCAAUGCAACGUAUCCCAAUCCUCCAGGAAGUAUCAGCAUAGACCAUACAACUACAAACUCCAUUUCUAUUUCGUGGGCUCCAGCCCUCUGGAUGGAGAACUCAGACAGUUUUAACUACACUGUCACCAUCAGUAAUUCUUCUUGGUCCAGAGAGUAUAAUACCAUCACCACAUCCCAGAACCUGACAGAGCUCACACCAGGAACAUCUCACAACAUCACUGUGAGAACAACUGGACCAUUUGGCCUCCAGAGCCAACGUGUUGAAGUGAAAACUGUAACAAGGCCAGAGACUGUGCAGCAGCUGUCUAUCACAGAACAGUCCAAUAACUCCAUCACAGUGUCAUGGGAUGCUCCUAAUGGAAAUGUGCAGUUCUAUGAGGUUCUCCUGAACAGCAGCAGCAGCAGACGUAGUGGUCUACUGAACAAAAGUAUCAACUCCCAUGAGUUUUGGAACCUGACAGCUGGAAAGAUAUACACAGCCACAGUCAUAACAAAGAGUGGGAACUUUAGUCAAGAGUCUGAGCCAGUGACCAAUGCAACAUAUCCCAAUCCUCCAGGAAGUAUCAGCAUAGACCAUACAACUACAAACUCCAUUUCUAUUUCGUGGGCUCCAGCCCCUUUGAUGGAGAACUCAGACAGUUUUAACUACACUGUCACCAUCAGUAAUUCUUCUUGGUCCAGAGAGUAUAAUACCAAAAUCACAUCCCAGAACCUGACAGAGCUCACACCAGGAACAUCUCACGACAUCUCUGUGAGAACAACUGGACCAUUUGGCCUCCAGAGCCAACGUGUUGAAGUGAAAACUGUAACAAGGCCAGAGACUGUGCAGCAGCUGUCUAUCACAGAACAGUCCAAUAACUCCAUCACAGUGUCAUGGGAUGCUCCUAAUGGAAAUGUGCAGUUCUAUGAGGUUCUCCUGAACAGCAGCAGCAGCAGACGUAGUGGUCUACUGAACAAAAGUAUCAACUCCCAUGAGUUUUGGAACCUGACAGCUGGAAAGAUAUACACAGCCACAGUCAUAACAAAGAGUGGGAACUUUAGUCAAGAGUCUGAGCCAGUGACCAAUGCAACGUAUCCCAAUCCUCCAGGAAGUAUCAGCAUAGACCAUACAACUACAAACUCCAUUUCUAUUUCGUGGGCUCCAGCCCUCUGGAUGGAGAACUCAGACAGUUUUAACUACACUGUCACCAUCAGUAAUUCUUCUUGGUCCAGAGAGUAUAAUACCAUCACCACAUCCCAGAACCUGACAGAGCUCACACCAGGAACAUCUCACAACAUCACUGUGAGAACAACUGGACCAUUUGGCCUCCAGAGCCAACGUGUUGAAGUGAAAACUGUAACAAGGCCAGAGACUGUGCAGCAGCUGUCUAUCACAGAACAGUCCAAUAACUCCAUCACAGUGUCAUGGGAUGCUCCUAAUGGAAAUGUGCAGUUCUAUGAGGUUCUCCUGAACAGCAGCAGCAGCAGACGUAGUGGUCUACUGAACAAAAGUAUCAACUCCCAUGAGUUUUGGAACCUGACAGCUGGAAAGAUAUACACAGCCACAGUCAUAACAAAGAGUGGGAACUUUAGUCAAGAGUCUGAGCCAGUGACCAAUGCAACAUAUCCCAAUCCUCCAGGAAGUAUCAGCAUAGACCAUACAACUACAAACUCCAUUUCUAUUUCGUGGGCUCCAGCCCCUUUGAUGGAGAACUCAGACAGUUUUAACUACACUGUCACCAUCAGUAAUUCUUCUUGGUCCAGAGAGUAUAAUACCAAAAGCACAUCCCAGAACCUGACAGAGCUCACACCAGGAACAUCUCACGACAUCUCUGUGAGAACAACUGGACCAUUUGGCCUCCAGAGCCAACGUGUUGAAGUGAAAACUGUAACAAGGCCAGAGACUGUGCAGCAGCUGUCUAUCACAGAACAGUCCAAUAACUCCAUCACAGUGUCAUGGGAUGCUCCUAAUGGAAAUGUGCAGUUCUAUGAGGUUCUCCUGAACAGCAGCAGCAGCAGACGUAGUGGUCUACUGAACAAAAGUAUCAACUCCCAUGAGUUUUGGAACCUGACAGCUGGAAAGAUAUACACAGCCACAGUCAUAACAAAGAGUGGGAACUUUAGUCAAGAGUCUGAGCCAGUGACCAAUGCAACAUAUCCCAAUCCUCCAGGAAGUAUCAGCAUAGACCAUACAACUACAAACUCCAUUUCUAUUUCGUGUGCUCCAGCCCUCUUGAUGGAGAACUCAGACAGUUUUAACUACACUGUCACCAUCAGUAAUUCUUCUUGGUCCAGAGAGUAUAAUACCAAAAGCACAUCCCAGAACCUGACAGAGCUCACACCAGGAACAUCUCACAACAUCACUGUGAGAACAACUGGACCAUUUGGCCUCCAGAGUCAACGUGUUGAAGUGAAAACUGUAACAAGGCCAGAGACUGUGCAGCAGCUGUCUAUCACAGAACAGUCCAAUAAAUCCAUCACAGUGUCAUGGGAUGCUCCUAAUGGAAAUGUGCAGUUCUAUGAGGUUCUCCUGAACAGCAGCAGCAGCAGACGUAGUGGUCUACUGAACAAAAGUGUCAACUCCCAUGAGUUUUGGAACCUGACAGCUGGAAAGAUAUACACAGCCACAGUCAUAACAAAGAGUGGGAACUUUAGUCAAGAGUCUGAGCCAGUGACCAAUGCAACAUAUCCCAAUCCUCCAGGAAGUAUCAGCAUAGACCAUACAACUACAAACUCCAUUUCUAUUUCGUGGGCUCCAGCCCUCUUGAUGGAGAACUCAGACAGUUUUAACUACACUGUCACCAUCAGUAAUUCUUCUUGGUCCAGAGAGUAUAAUACCAAAAGCACAUCCCAGAACCUGACAGAGCUCACACCAGGAACAUCUCACGACAUCUCUGUGAGAACAACUGGACCAUUUGGCCUCCAGAGCCAACAUGUUGAAGUGAAAACUGUAACAAGGCCAGAGACUGUGCAGCAGCUGUCUAUCACAGAACAGUCCAAUAAAUCCAUCACAGUGUCAUGGGAUGCUCCUAAUGGAAAUGUGCAGUUCUAUGAGGUUCUCCUGAACAGCAGCAGCAGCAGACGUAGUGGUCUACUGAACAAAAGUGUCAACUCCCAUGAGUUUUGGAACCUGACAGCUGGAAAGAUAUACACAGCCACAGUCAUAACAAAGAGUGGGAACUUUAGUCAAGAGUCUGAGCCAGUGACCAAUGCAACAUAUCCCAAUCCUCCAGGAAGUAUCAGCAUAGACCAUACAACUACAAACUCCAUUUCUAUUUCGUGGGCUCCAGCCCUCUUGAUGGAGAACUCAGACAGUUUUAACUACACUGUCACCAUCAGUAAUUCUUCUUGGUCCAGAGAGUAUAAUACCAAAAGCACAUCCCAGAACCUGACAGAGCUCACACCAGGAACAUCUCACGACAUCUCUGUGAGAACAACUGGACCAUUUGGCCUCCAGAGUCAACGUGUUGAAGUGAAAACUGUAACAAGGCCAAAGACUGUGCAGCAGCUGUCUAUCACAGAACAGUCCAAUAACUCCAUCACAGUGUCAUGGGAUGCUCCUAAUGGAAAUGUGCAGUUCUAUGAGGUUCUCCUGAACAGCAGCAGCAGCAGACGUAGUGGUCUACUGAACAAAAGUAUCAACUCCCAUGAGUUUUGGAACCUGACAGCUGGAAAGAUAUACACAGCCACAGUCAUAACAAAGAGUGGGAACUUUAGUCAAGAGUCUGAGCCAGUGACCAAUGCAACAUAUCCCAAUCCUCCAGGAAGUAUCAGCAUAGACCAUACAACUACACACUCCAUUUCUAUUUCGUGGGCUCCAGCCCCUUUGAUGGAGAACUCAGACAGUUUUAACUACACUGUCACCAUCAGUAAUUCUUCUUGGUCCAGAGAGUAUAAUACCAUCACCACAUCCCAGAACCUGACAGAGCUCACACCAGGAACAUCUCACAACAUCACUGUGAGAACAACUGGACCAUUUGGCCUCCAGAGCCAACGUGUUGAAGUUAACAGUGUAACAAGGCCAGAGACUGUGCAGCAGCUGUCUAUCACAGAACAGUCCAAUAACUCCAUCACAGUGUCAUGGGAUGCUCCUAAUGGAAAUGUGCAGUUCUAUGAGGUUCUCCUGAACAGCAGCAGCAGCAGACAUAGUGGUCUACUGAACAAAAGUAUCAACUCCCAUGAGUUUUGGAACCUGACAGCUGGAAAGAUAUACACAGCCACAGUCAUAACAAAGAGUGGGAACUUUAGUCAAGAGUCUGAGCCAGUGACCAAUGCAACAUAUCCCAAUCCUCCAGGAAGUAUCAGCAUAGACCAUACAACUACAAACUCCAUUUCUAUUGCGUGGGCUCCAGCCCUCUGGAUGGAGAACUCAGACAGUUUUAACUACACUGUCACCAUCAGUACUUCUUCUUGGUCCAGAGAGUAUAAUACCAUCACCACAUCCCAGAACCUGACAGAGCUCACACCAGGAACAUCUCACGACAUCUCUGUGAGAACAACUGGACCAUUUGGCCUCCAGAGCCAACGUGUUGAAGUGAACAGUGUAACAAACACUAUGGGACUCAGAGAAGAUGAGCUUAAAUGUGAUGGUCCAAAUCGUGCACCGUACCCACUCCUGAAUCUGACCUGGAAAAACCCUAAAGGACGCAACACUGGAUUCAAUGUUACAGUCAAGACACUCAUAAACACUCGCAUAGUCCAUGAUGAGCUUGAGGACACCUGCAAUGGACAAUGUGUCCACAUCAUACAGACAAAACUUGAAUACGACACUGAAUACAACGUGACUGUAUUCACCGUUGGACAUGGGAAAUGGGGAAGUGUCAGCAAAACUUGCAAAACAGGGGUCACAGAGCCACCUGUUGUGUCUGACGCAGGCGCAAUAAAGAUUACUGCGAUUUUCCACAAUAAAAUCCAUCUGAGUCUUGCCCCUAACAUCUUCAAUUCCUCUAAUGGGCUAAUAGAGGAAUAUGGUAUCCUGGUGUCACAGAGUAACAGUCCCAAUUUCACCAACCUUUACUUAAGUAAGAGUUAUAGUGAUUGGGAGAAAAAUAAGGAGUUAAGCUACCUUUCUGUUUUAAACAAAAAUGGAAACACGCGUAGUCAAAUGGACUGGAUAGAUGUCUAUGUGGGAGACGGCACUGAACGGGGAGCAUACAGAAACGGCCCACUGACCCCUACUAAAACAUACAGGUUUGCCAUUGUCACCUUUACUAACCUGAAGAUGGCAGGUGGCCGUGUGGACAUUUACAAAUCUAUUUACAAAAUAUCUGAAUUCACAACCUGGUCUGGAAAUCUCCCUGAAAACCCAUUGGUCAUCACAACAGCUGUGGGGGCAACCUGUGGGAUUCUGAUCCUCUGUCUGUGUAUUGCUAUAGCUGCAUUCAUCUUGCUCAAGAGGAGACGUUCUGGAAGACCUUCUUCUGACAUUCCAAUUAAUACCAUCAGAACAAAAACUAGUGUGCCUGUGCGGAUUGAGGAGUUUGAUGCAUACUACAAGAGGCAAUGUGCUAACAGCAAAUGUGGCUUUGCAGAGGAGUAUGAGGAUCUUAAACCAGUCGGUACGGCCCAGUCUACAAACACUGCCAGGGCUGUGGAGAACAAAUCAAAGAACCGAUACAGCAAUGUACUGCCUUAUGAACCAUCCAGGGUGAAGCUAUCCAUCCUCGGCAGUCAGUUUGAUGACUAUAUCAAUGCAAACUACAUCCCGGGUGCAAAUUCCAGGAAGGAGUUUAUCGCGUGCCAGGGUCCUCUGCCUGCCACAGUCAAUGACUUCUGGAGGAUGAUCUGGGAGAAGAACAUCAGGUCCAUAGUCAUGCUGACCAGGUGCAAUGAGCAGGGACGAGUGAAAUGUGAACAGUAUUGGCCACCUGAAAGCAAAUCUUACAACAACAUCAUCGUCACAACAACUUCUGAAAUCACUCUUGAUGACUGGACACUGAGAGACUUUGAUGUCAAAAAUGUGAAGACAGCAGAGACUCGUUCCGUGCGUCAGUUUCACUACACAGCCUGGCCCGACCAUGGCGUCCCAGUGACCACCGAGCUCCUCAUUAACUUCCGCCACCUCGUGAGGGAGCACAUGGACCAGUACUCACUCCACUCGCCCACCGUGGUGCACUGCAGUGCUGGAGUGGGCCGCACAGGAACCUUCAUCGCCAUCGAUCGCAUCAUCUUCCAGAUUGAGAGGGAAAGCGUAGUGGAUGUGUUUGGCAUCGUCUAUGACAUGCGAAUGCACCGUGCACUCAUGGUGCAGACAGAGGACCAGUAUGUGUUUCUGAAUCAAUGUGCUCUGGACGUCAUAAAGUCCAGGAUGGGCACCAACGUGGACCUGAUCUACCAGAACACAGAAGCAAUCAACAUCUAUGAAAACGUUAAGCCUGGCAAACUAUAAGUUGAGAAUGUUGAUGUAGGGUCAUUUGCUGGAGGAAAGGAUACACAGCUAAUCAUAAAACUGCUUGAAUUGUACAGAUUGAAUUGUUUUUUUAAACCAGUGACCCUAUUUUAAAUGCUGGCCAAAGUGCAAAGUCUGAAGUCUUACUAAUACUUGCUUAUUAACUGCACAAGAUCUAUUUGCAAAUCUAAUACCAUGAGAAAGAUCCUAAGCACAAAUAAUGGUGGGUCAGCUAAAAGCUGAUUCACGCCACAUGAUGCCAUUAAUUCAUGCACAAAAAGAGCUUUGCCCACAGGCUCUUUGCACUUUGCCCAGCAUUUAAAUUAGGGCCCCAGGGAUCGUAUAAAUGCAGGGAUGUAGGAUGCAACAGCUGAUGGGCUUCUGAUGUUUUUAGUUUAACUGAUGGAUGAAAUCAAAUUGAUACUGUUAGCAGUUGAAAUGUAGAAAUAAUGUGGAAGAAAAGUUAUGCAGCACAUGAUGGGCAUCUGUUUUGGUUUAAAAACCAAACCAAAAAAAAGAGUGUUUUUUUUUAUUGUGAAAGGGUGGCCUGGCCUGCCAUGAAAAGUUUGGGAACCACUCAUUUAACAGAACUGGAUGUCUGAUACACAACUUACACUUCUUUAUACUAUACUUCUAAUUUGUAUUUGAGAGAGAGAGAGAGAGAGAGAGAGAGAGAGAGGAGGGUGAUGCAUUGAGUGUAGACUUAUUUUUGAAGACCGUUUGUGGACUUGUACUUUUAGUGUUGACAAGAGUGUGACCUAUCUUGCCUUUAUCUAUGCACUGAUCUUCUAAUAAUUGCUUAAACAUGUCACUGUGAGGUGUGUAUUUUUGCUUAUGUUGAUAUAUUGACUUUAUACUGCUAAUGUACUUGCACUGUCUCUCCACUGUGUGGUGUGCUGUCCCCUUUGUUUUAUAACUCUUUUAGACGGUUGUUUUGGGACCAUUUUUUUCAAUAGCAACAUGCCAUAUUGCCAUUGUAAUCCAAAGGGAUAAAUCUACUGGACUCUGAAAUAUCUACUUAUAACCACCCAAGGUGUGAUUUUUAAUGAAGUUAUAAAUAAUUUAUCAUAUAAUUUAAUAUUUCUGUUGAUAAUGAAUAAGUUCACUGUAGGUACACUGUUGUUGUCUCUCAGAGGUACAGAUAGAGCACAUGUCUGUCACUGGUAAUGUUAUUUAAAUCACUGUUUCAGUUGUAUUUAUGUUUUUUUAAGUCUCAACAUGGAGACAUAUUUAUAUGUUUCUAAAUGAACUAUUGCUCCAAUGACUCUCAAGGUAUGACUCCAACUAAUGUCUGAUACAUGUUCAUGCACAUAUAUAUUGUAGAAUAAAAUCAUUAGUAGACAUAUGCAAGCCUGAAACAGUGUUGAAGGACCAAAAAGAAUUCUCCAAAGAGAAGAGCUGUGCACACGACACUUCAAAAUGCCUGUGGUUCCACAAAAUAACAUACCAUUGAAAUAAACGAAGGUACCAAUAAUAAUAACGUCAGCCUUCAGGAAGCUAUAGCCAUCUUUUUUUAUAUAGAAAUCCCCAUCCUGGAGUAAUUAUCUGUAGAAGGAUUAAAAAUCCUUUAAAAAGUGCAUCAUGUUAGUGUUAAAAGAUACUGUUCAGCACAAGUGAUGUUGGGCUUAUACGUAGAAAAAAGAUGGUCACAGUGAUUUGUUUCCUUCCUGUUUGUACUGUACCUGUGGGCUCUUCAAAUUAUGCUGAUUGUACUUUUUAUUUGUUUUCAUGCUUUGUGUGUGAUAGAGAUACUGCUGGAAAGUUUGUUUUUUCUUCAUAAAGUUUUCUUUUUGAUAUAAAAUGCGAUUUUGGUAAAUGGCUUUAUUGUACAUUUUUUAUUUGUAUUCUUGCUUUCGCUUUAGCUCUAUGCACUGUAGACACUUUGGAAAUAAAAAAUAUACUAUUUUUAGGUGUUAAUGCCCUACAGCCAUUACCUUUUACUGUUUUUAUGAGAAAAGCAUACAAAUAUACUGUAUUUCUUUAUAUAAAACUUAAUAAAAUUCAGAAGUGAUGUGGA